UGCAAGCGAGUUGAGGCGGUGGCAAAGAGGGGCUGAUCACCAAUGAUCAGAUUUAAUCGUCCCUGAAUUGAAACUUGGCAGGCACUGAAUUAUGAGAUUGCUUCACUGUUUUGCUGGAUUAAUUCGCAUUUAAUCGUAUUUUUUUAUCUGAAGUAACCUUGUCUAGUGGUCAUGGGGUCUAUAAUUUCAUUUUUGUUUAGAUGUACAGGCUCGUGAAAGAUCCCUCUUUACUCUGGCGGAUACAAGGUGGAUCUAUGUUAAGAAGCAAAGGGAAAGCAGAGGAAGUUUAAGAGGGGAGAAUGCAGGCUGUUUAUUGGUACACUGUCCUUCUCCUUCAGAGCACUCUUUACCUGGUAAUAUGUGUUCAUGGAAAUAACCCUCAGAAAUCAGAACUUCUAAAAACUGGCAGCCCUAAGAACACACAAAAGCACAUAUGGACAGAAAGUAGCAAAGAUCUGUCUAUCAGUCGCCUGCUUUCACAGACAUUAUCUGGCAAAGAGAAUGCUACUGCUGUGGACCUGCACUAUGAAACUCCAGUACCUUAUUCGGACCAGGAUAUUUGGGAUUGGUUACGAAAUGCCUCAGAUCAGAAGGAGCCCCACCCUCGUGCUAAGAGACGCCCUAUAGUAAAAACAGGAAAAUUCAAGAAAAUGUUUGGCUGGGGAGACUUUCAUUCCAACAUCAAAACUGUCAAGCUAAACUUACUCAUCACUGGCAAAAUAGUGGACCAUGGGAAUGGUACUUUCAGCGUCUACUUCCGCCACAAUUCCACUGGCCAGGGGAAUGUCUCCGUCAGCCUGGUGCCCCCUACAAAAAUUGUGGAAUUUGACUUGGCUCAACAGACGGUGAUUGAUGCCAAAGAUUCAAAGACAUUUAACUGCCGCAUUGAGUACGAGAAAGUAGACAAGGCGAAGAAGACUACACUUUGUAACUAUGAUCCAUCGAAAACUUGUUACCAGGAGCAGACCCAAAGCCACGUGUCAUGGCUCUGCUCCAAACCUUUUAAAGUCAUAUGUAUUUAUAUUUCAUUCUACAGUACAGAUUACAAACUAGUGCAGAAGGUGUGUCCCGAUUACAAUUACCACAGUGACACUCCUUAUUUCCCCUCUGGCUGAGUGUGUCUAAUAAAACAGUUACUGUAAUUAUGUUACUGCAAUGAAUUCUAUAUCUUUGUCUUCAUUUGUAUGAAUGGUUUGUACUGUAUAUAGUUAACCAGUGUUAUUUGAGCUACCUAUGAACAUUAAUGUAUAACUGUCUCUCUUGCUUGUUUAUGGGUUUAAAGAGCAAAUGCAAUGAAAAAUAAUCUUUUAUUUGUGUAGCAGUUAUAGCUUACAAGAAACUCAUGUACAAAGAAGCAAUUAUUAAAAUUAAUGUAACUGGUGAAGAAACAAUUUAAGAGGUAUACAUAUGCCAUAUUACUCAUUGUCUGUAUUAAAGUAUUUUAUUUCUGAAAGAUGGUAUGUAAAUAGGAAUAAAAUACUAAUAGAUUUCAGUUUGAAAAUGUGGAUACACCCUAGUUAUGUCACAUUAACAAUAUUUGCUACUUUUCCAGGGAGUUCUUCCUUUAACCGAUGAAUGUGUGGAUAUGAUUUUUUUUUGCUACAGGGUUUUACCUGGCUGAAUCUUGCUGAAUGAGGUGGACACCCAAACAGCAACAAACUUCCACAAACCAAAAAUUUGAUAUUGCUGCUGAUAUAAUUACUUACAAUGAAUUUUGUUUGAGUGGUGAUGCACCCUCCGUGUCAGUUGCAGCUCCCUCAGUAUUUGGCAAUUAUAUACAACUGCUGACAAAGUUGACUAAUUUGAAUGCAGCUUUUUCUUCAGACACAGGCUGAACAGCAGACAACAAGAAUAGAGGAUUGUAACACUUGCAGUUCCACCGAACACAACAAUUAAAACCGAACAUUAAUUGUUUAAGUACCAAAAUGGGGUCCAAUCAUUAUCAUAGUAAUCAAACAUCCUAUCAAACUUCAGAAAGAAAUAUGAUGACUCACCUUUUAUAAAGGUGUAAUAUCGGUAAAGAAGCUCAGGUAAAAGAGUUGAGUGACUGUUAUGAUUGUAAGCUGGCUGUGCAUUUUACAUCAUUUAUCUUCUUUGAUUUAAAUGGAAAUAAAUAUCAGGAAAGUGUAAACUAGGCAGCCAAUUUGAUAUCAAUUGUUCUGACUGAAUGCAAAAUUUGUCAAAGUAUGAGCGAGGUAUGGAAUCACAGAUUAUAGUAUAAACCAAGUGUAAAGUCUUGACAGAAUGUUCUGCACACCAAUUGAACUUUUAAUUCCAUAAUAAGUUAUUUUUAUAAUUUCAUCAGGUAU